AUGUCUUUUCCCCCACCUGAGGAAGAGAUACAAGAAGACCCCAAGGGUUGCGAGCAGCCCAUGAUACAGUCAGUGGAUAUUGUAAAUAAGCGUGUUUCAAAAAUCACCAGAGCUUCCAAUUUCAUCAGAAGCUUUCAACGUUCGAAAGCAGAAACAGGCAGGGACAAGGAGUCGCCUGGACCUGGGAUCAGAAGAAGGAUAAUGUAUAGCCGAUUAUUCAGACGGGGACACGAUAAGUCUUCCGAUGAGGCGUCGCCCUCGAACAAAUCCUCCGAUUCAUGUCCUCGGGUAUGGCACAGGAUACUUAACGAUGUUUCGCUUUCUGCUGCACAAGUCUCCACGGGCACUGCUCCUACUUCUAGAAGCGACUAUGACAAUUUAAGCAGUGACUUGACGGAAGGAAGAAGACGUGCGCUUGAGGUUUCUAGAUAG